GAAAACCGUUACUCCGCCGAAUAAUCCGCCUCACGGCUCACACACUCCCUCCAAACACACCUUCAUCCUCGGAGUUGAAAUGUUACAGUUUCGGUCGACGGUAGCUCUGAAGGAGCUGUUUCAGAGCCCGCUCAAGUGGCCGCUGACAGGUAAAGUCGGCGUGAAAGCGGCACCUGCACCCGGAGCCGCCGCCGCCUGCUUCAGCACCACCGCUGUGGACGGGAGGUCGCCCGGUGCAGGGAGGGCAUUUACCGGCUGGAGAGCCCCGCAGAGCUUCGCCAGAAGGCACGGUGUGAGAGGCCUCUGCUCCAAAGGUGAUGGGCAGAAUGAACUCGGCAAGGACUCUUCAACAGAGAAGAGAAGGAAAGCAGGCAUCCUGCCCAGCCUGGAGGACCUGCUCUUCUACACCAUCGCGGAGGGCCAGGAGAAAAUCCCCGCUCAUAAAUUCACCACAGCUCUUAAGGCCACCGGCCUUCGCACAGGCGACCCCCGGCUCAAGGAAUGUAUGGAGAUGCUGAAGGUGACCCUGAAGACGACCUCAGACGGAGCGCUGGAUCGACACCUCUUCAAAAAAUGUGUCCAGAGCAACAUCGUCCUGCUCACCCAGGCCUUCAGGAAGAAGUUUGUCAUUCCCGACUUCCAGCCCUUCUGCGCUCACAUGGACGAACUCUACGACAACGCCAAGAACCUGUCUGGAGGGCAGGUCGCCGACUACAUUCCCCAGCUGGCCCGCUUCAGCCCGGACCUGUGGGCCGUCGCUCUCUGCACUGUUGACGGACAGAGGCACACUGUUGGGGACACCAAGGUUCCCUUCUGUCUGCAGUCGUGCGUGAAGCCGCUAAAAUACGCCAUCGCUGUGCACGACCACGGCACGGAGUACGUCCACCGCUUCAUUGGCAAAGAGCCCAGCGGCCUGCGGUUCAACAAGCUCUUCCUCAACGAAGACGAUAAACCCCACAACCCGAUGGUUAAUGCUGGAGCGAUUGUCUGCACCUCCCUCAUCAAGCAAGGGGCCAGCAACGCCGAGAAGUUUGACUACGUCAUGAACUUCAUGAACAAACUGGCGGGAAACGAGUACGUGGGCUUCAGCAACGCCACUUUCCAGUCCGAGCGCGAGUCUGGAGACAGAAACUUUGCCAUCGGCUACUACCUGAAGGAGAAGAAGUGUUUUCCAGAGGGGACAGACAUGACCGCCAUUCUGGACUUCUACUUCCAGCUGUGCUCCAUCGAGGUGACCUGUGAGAGCGCCAGCGUCAUGGCCGCCACUCUGGCCAACGGCGGCUUCUGUCCAAUCACCGGCGAGCGAGUGCUGAGCCCCGAGGCCGUGAGGAACACCCUGAGUCUGAUGCACUCCUGCGGCAUGUACGACUUCUCCGGGCAGUUCGCUUUCCAUGUGGGGCUGCCGGCCAAAUCCGGCGUGGCGGGCGGGAUUCUGCUGGUGGUUCCCAACGUCAUGGGCGUCAUGUGUUGGUCUCCACCUCUGGACAAGCUGGGCAACAGCGUCCGAGGCAUCCAGUUCUGCACGGACCUGGUUUCUCUCUUCAACUUCCACAACUACGACAAUCUGAGGCACUUUGCUAAGAAACUGGACCCUCGCAGGGAAGGAGGAGACCAGAGGGUGAAAUCGGUGAUCAAUCUGCUGUUUGCCGCGUACACCGGGGACGUGUCCGCCCUGAGGAGGUUCGCCCUGUCGUCCAUGGACAUGGAGCAGAGGGACUACGACUCCAGGACCGCCCUGCACGUGGCAGCGGCUGAAGGACACGCCGAGGUGGUCCGCUUCCUGCUGGAGGCCUGUAAAGUCAACCCCGUCCCCAGAGACAGGUGGGGGAACACGCCGAUGGACGAGGCGGUGCACUUCGGCCACCACGACGUGGUGACCAUCCUGCGCGACUACCACACCCAGUACAGCCCCCAGGAGACCGCCGCCAACAAGGAGAACGCCGAGCAGAACCUGGACGGGCUGCUGUGAGGAGCCAGGCACUCGGCCACGCCAAGAAACAACAAACUGUACAGCGAUUUCAACAACAACAACAACAAGACAGCCUUUAGCAGCGGCUGCUCCUCCUCCUCCUCAUCUUCCUCCUGUUAGAUGUUGUUGGUAUUUGUAUCAUAUUUUCAGUCCUUCUUACUCUCCUCUCCUGUGUAGCUCUGUAGGACGUUGUCACAACUGGCAGCUGACCCGUUCACUUCAACGGUUGUUCCUUUUCUUUUUUUUUUUUUUUUUCCUUACUUUAAAAGAUGAGACCCGGGCGGUUUGGUUUGAAACCUUCCUCACUUCAUCAUCAUCAUCACAAUGUGGUGGAAUGUAUUUCCUCCUCGCACUUUGGUGUGUUUGUAUGUGAGUGAUAUUUAUUUAUCUAUGUAAGAUAAACUGUACAGUCAUUUAGUGUGUGUGUGUGUGUGCGCGCGCGCGUGUGUGUACGUAUUACUGAGAGGAGAACUAAUUAGUGUAAAUACUGGUGUAAAGCUGUGUAGUCUUACUACUUUCACUGAAACAUAAAGAACAGUACGCAGGUGGAAAAGAUGGAAACUUUAUUUCCAUAUUUUAACACAUUCUCAGUUUUCAUAGUGUUUAGUUUGGAAUCUGUGUUUUAUUACCUUUAACUGCGCUUUAUUUUAACUGGUUUUUAUUCAUGUAUUUAUUCUUUUCUUUUUGGUAAAGUGACGAAAUGUAAGCCAGAGCCGAGCUGGUUUGUUGUCGACAUAUCAAACAUGACACUGCCAAUCCUGCAGAGACGCUGUAAACUCAUGACAAAUGUGGCUUUUUACUUUGAUUUGAGACGUUUCGGCACAGGAUGAACGUCACUCAGCAAAGGUUUUCCUCUCAGAACUCUCCCCAAAUCACACUGCUGCCACAGCCAGCGUGUAAAAUAAAGUCUUACAUUCAUUUGUGAGUAAAAUAAAACUACUAUAAUGUGUGACAGUAUUUAACCUGCUGAGUGGACGACUCCUAUUCAUCCGGGGCUUUUUUUCAUUGAAACCCUGACGACUUGUAUGUAAAGAAAUGUUCCUGCUGAGGACUCAGGAAGGAUCCCGAAGGAGCUUUACAAUGCAGAUUGUUUUCUUUCUAUCUGUAAUGUGCAACAGGAACUGUUAUACUUGAACAGUUGUGCAGUUUUUCCAGGUGUAUUGUUUGUGUGUUUGUAGAGGUGAAAGUUUGACUUUUUUUUUUUUUUUUUUGUGCACUGACAAACUGAACCAAGCAAUCUGGAUCCUGUGAAACCAAUAACAUUAAAUGUUUUAUUCCUCCAGUUGGGAUCAGUUCAUCCAUGUUUAUUCAAACACUCCCAUUUAGUUGGAGAAAAAAAAAAAGAUCUAAAGAAGCACAAAACUGCACCAGAGCUGCAAAUAUU